AUGGCCGACAAGCGGCGGUCCUCGCCCGGCACCACCAUGAGCCUCAAGGCUCACGCCUUCUCCGUGGAGGCGCUCAUCGGGGCCGAGAAGCAGCACCAGCAGCAGCAGCAGCAGCAGCAGCCGCCGCCGCCGCCGCCGCGGCAGCCCAAGCGGCGGAAGCUGGGCGGCGAGGACGAGGCGGCGGAGGACGAAGGGGCCAGCGGCUGCUGCGCCAAGAGCUCCCCCGCCGCCGCCGCCGCCGCCGGCAGGACCUGCGGCGACAUGGAGCUGGGCUGCGCCGCCCGCGCCCCCGCCGGCGGCUGUGAGGAGGGCUUCCUGGCGGCCUCCCCGCCCGCCUCCCCCGGCGGCUCCCCCAAGGGCUCGAGGCCCGGCUCGCCGCUGCCCACGCCGCAGGCGCCGCGGGUGGACCUGCAGGGCGCCGAGCUCUGGAAGCGCUUCCACGAGAUCGGCACCGAGAUGAUCAUCACCAAGGCGGGAAGGCGGAUGUUUCCCGCAAUGAGAGUGAAGAUCUCAGGUUUAGACCCACAUCAGCAGUAUUAUAUUGCUAUGGAUAUUGUGCCAGUGGAUAACAAAAGAUACAGGUAUGUUUAUCAUAGCUCCAAGUGGAUGGUGGCUGGUAAUGCUGACUCCCCGGUACCACCUCGUGUUUAUAUUCACCCCGAUUCACCCGCCUCCGGGGAGACGUGGAUGAGACAAGUGAUCAGUUUCGACAAACUGAAGCUUACCAAUAAUGAGCUGGAUGAUCAAGGGCAUAUUAUCCUUCAUUCUAUGCAUAAAUAUCAGCCUCGUGUCCACGUCAUCCGUAAAGACUGCGGAGAUGAUCUGUCCCCCGUCAAGCCUAUCCCUUCAGGAGAAGGGGUGAAAGCCUUCUCCUUUCCAGAGACAGUUUUCACUACUGUCACAGCAUACCAAAAUCAACAGAUAACUCGUCUGAAGAUUGAUAGGAAUCCAUUCGCCAAAGGGUUUAGAGAUUCGGGACGUAACAGAAUGGGACUGGAAGCUCUGGUAGAGUCUUAUGCCUUCUGGAGACCUUCACUGAGGACACUGACAUUUGAAGAUAUACCUGGAAUACCCAAACAAGGAAAUGCAGGUUCCUCUCCUUUACUCCAGGGAUCUGGCAGUGGAGUGCCAUCUACCCACCCUCACCUUUUACCGGGUUCCCCUUGCUCAUCUCCAGCCUUCCACCUCAGUCCCAACACUAGCCAGCUCUGUAGCCUUGCUCCAGCUGACUACACAGCUUGUGCCCGCUCAGGCUUGACCCUGAACAGAUACAGCACUUCUUUGGCUGAAACCUACAACAGGCUCACAAACCAAACCAGUGAGACGUUUGCACCCCCGAGGACUCCCUCCUAUGUCGGUGUGUCGAGUAGCACAACUGUGAAUAUGUCUAUGAGUGGCAAUGAUGGGGAUGCAUUCAGCUGCCCACAGACUGGCUUGUCUAUGCAGAUUUCAGGGAUGUCUCCACAGCUCCAGUACAUCAUGCCAUCCCCAUCCAGCAAUGCCUUUACCACUAAUCAAACCCACCAAGGCUCCUACAACACGUUUAGACUGCACAGUCCCUGUGCGCUCUAUGGAUAUAACUUUUCCACAUCCCCUAAACUGGCUGCCAGUCCUGAGAAAAUAGUUUCUUCCCAAGGAAGUUUCUUGGGGUCCUCGCCAAGUGGAACCAUGACGGAUCGGCAGAUGUUGCCCCCCGUGGAAGGAGUGCACUUACUUAGCAGUGGGGGGCAGCAGAAUUUCUUUGACUCUAGGACCCUAGGAAGCUUAACACUCUCGUCUUCUCAAGUGUCUGCACAUAUGGUUUGAUGAAGCCUUUAAGUAAAAGUACAGUAUGU